GUAGACCAGAAGAUCACCAGCUGAUCGACCCCGACGAAAACCGUAUUGGCGGUCACUAAUCAGCUGGUGGACCUUCAAGGUACAAUUGAUGGUACGAUGAAGGUAAGAUUGAUUUCAUUAUUUUGGAGAACAAGGAGGUGAUCGUGACAGGCCUAUAGUUGGACGGGUCUGAGUGGUCGCCUUUUUUAGGGAUCAGGUGGACAAACGCUGUCUUCCAUGAAUUCGGGACUACGCCUUGGGAGUAGGAGUACCGGAAAAGGCGCGUUAGGACCGGUGCCAACUCCGGAGCACACGUCCUCAGCACAAUUGGGGGCAUUCCAUCAGGCCCACUCGGCUUGUGGAUGUCCAGGGAGAGGAGUGCUUUGCGAACCGAGCGCUGUGAGAACAGCACAUCCGGCAUGGAGCACUCGCACCGCGGGAUGGUCGGCGGUGUUUUCCCCCCAUCAUCAAGAGUCGAGUUGGACGCAAAAAGGGAGCCUAAAAGGUCGGCUUUGUCUUUUGCGUCUUGGGCCAGUGAGUUGUCCUCCCUGUGCAGAGAUGGUAGUGAUGGCUUACAGAAAUUCCCUUGGACAGCCUUGGCGAGAGACCAGAAUGCACGAGUUCCCGAAGGAAGGCGAACUAGUUUCUCGCCAAUUCUGCCUAUGUGCUCUUACUUUGCCUUGGCAAUAACUCUCGAAGGACCUGGAGGCGAAGUUAUACUUCUUUUUAAGUGUGCUGGUGUUUACAUCCCGAGUCGCCGAAGCCGCAGCCCAGGCUUGAUAACACUCCUGCUUAUUGCGUAAUGCAGUCUUACAGGAGCGACCAAACCAAGGCUGAGAUCUGCCUCCGAUAGGUACCACAGAUGAUGGAAUAAAUAGUUCCAUUCCCUGUAGCACCACAUCAGUGACAGAAUCAGCAACAGCGCUGGGAUCAUCCGGCGAGAAGCAAACCCGCCCCCAUGGGUAGGAUGCAAAGAAAGACCGCAUUCCGUUCCAAUCCGCCGACCUGUAAUACCAAACACGGCGGCAACCUGCAGAACGCAACCGCCAGGGGAGCGUGAGUGGCACCACACUCCGGAUCAGACAAUGGUCCGAAGAGCCGAGAGGGGCAUCGACGGAAACCUGAUAUCCGUCCGGAUGAGAGGUCAGCAGAAGGUCCAACAGGGAAGGUGUAUGAUCCUCCACAUCUGGAAUCCGCGUAGGCGAAGUAACCAGUUGUGUCAGACCAUAUGCCAAAGCAAAGUGAUAAACAGAUCUCCCUGCAUGAUCGGUUAAACGUGAACCGAGUCAUUCGGCGUGGUGGGCGUUAAAAUCGCCAAGGAUCACGAUCUCUGCGGAUGGGAACUGUUGUAGCAAUGAAUCUGUAGCCAUUUGGACGUGGUCAAUGAGGCGGUCUGUUUCGGCAUUACCGCUAUGGAACCUAUAGAGGCACCCGUAGACGCGCGGAUGGUCGUCGCUGUCUACGCGUAGCCAUAGGAUGGACAGGUCCGAACCUUCAAGACUGCCGAGGCGUCGAGAGCAGAUGUCCUCUCUGACAUACACGCAAACUCCAGCCCGAGGCACAAAGGAGUGCUCCAAUUUGUACCCCGGGUAGGAGAGAUACGAAAUAUCAGCCGGAGAGGAAACCUGCGUCUCGGUCAGAAAGAGCAAGGCCGGCUUCGCCGUCUCGAGAUGGUAGUGGACUGCGUUUAGGUUCGAGUGAAGUCCCCUGAUGUUUCAGAAAUUCACGGAUAGCGUGGCAGCGGUCGCCUUGGUGUUGUUGCUCAGUUUGCCCCGAGCAGUUAUGUUUUUGAGCGAAAUUUUGCCGCUCCCCCCCCCCCCCCAGAACACGCGGGGCAGCCUGAGCACCCACGCUCAGGAGUGGAAUAACAUGGUCGUGGAUGCUCAGCGAGGGAUUCUCCAGAGGUGCUGGUACCCUCUUGGGGUAGUCGAACGUGUAAUUCCGCUACAAUGUUGAGGGGGGGGGGGGGGGGAUUGGGCCUCCGGCCAUCUGCUCUCACCAGACGAAACGCAGAAUCAGAGCUUCUACUUCACGCCGGUAUUCUGUGAGGUCGUGGUACCAACCCGGCUCGAGCUGGCCCAUACGUGCAGCAGCAAAAACUGCUGCGUGGCUCUACCACCGUUAUGUAUGCUACUAAGACCUAAAUAACCAUUUUUAAAAUUUUUGUGUCUGUCCGGACUAAUCUUCAGAAUGGCUAAACCGAUUAUGAAACUUAACGAACAGAUAAAGAGCAAUGCCAGGGCGGGUCUAAGCUAUAUUUUUUGAAAAAACGUCUUUGAAUAUUUUAAAUCUAAAUAACCCCACAUAAUCUAUUAUAUUAUCCAGGGGAAGUAGGGGCGGGUCGCUAGUCAAAACUAUAAUAACGGGGAUGACUGAGGUGAACUAUUUUGUUACAAACUGGGUCAUUUUACACUUUAAACUGUACUAAUUCAAAAUUUGUCAGAAAUAACAUUUGUUCAAGAGUCGUCAACAUAAUCAAAUCUAAAACAUAUUCAAGUGUAGGUUUUAAAUGUCUGCUGAUAAUUUAGUAUCAAUUGUAAUAGCCAUGGAAUAGCAGUUAUUUCUAUAUAAAAUUUGAGCAUCGUGGGCAGCACAUGUUUAUGCGGAUAUCACCCACGGUAAUUAUUGAUAAUGUCGAACUUAAGGUUAAACAGUGAUUUGUGAGCUUUGAGUAAAACGUAAAAGUGUGUGUCGGUGCAGUGCCAGAUGGCUGCGAUCGAGGAGCUGUUCGGCGACAUGAAGGAGUGCGAGCGGCGCUACAUGUCGGCGCAGGUGCUGCUGCACUCGCUGGUACAGCGCCACCCGCUACACCCGCAGCACCGCACCACGCUCUCCAAGUACCGAGAUGCAGUUCAGAGGCGACUCAAUUGUCUAAAAGGCCCGCGCAAAAUCAUGGAUGUGAAAUUAGAGGCCGGGAUCUCAUAAUGCAAUAUGAAACAACCGUCUAGAUAGAAUUAAGCACAACUGACGCAAGAUGUGAAGUGAUUUUAUUUUGUUGUCAAAACUAACUUUCAGUGAUAAACUAUGUAGAACUAAAGUGUAUAAAAAGUGAAAGUGAAUUAAAUUGAUUCAUAGAAAUCGUAACUUGUUUAGCGAUGAAGAUUACCAGAGAUUGCAAUAGUGUCUUAUAUUUUUUUAUCACGCAAGGCCUUGCACGCCUUGGCAAGCAAAUGUAUUAUAGAACCGUCUAAAAUAUUUUAGUGCAGAUUGAUUCUAGUGUGGCUUUAAGAUAUUAUAUAUUAGAUAAGUAGUUGUCAUCGUACCCUGUUUGAAAUUUAAAUAACCCCUUAUUAUUUCCCAUAGUACAACAACUUACAAUAAAACACAUUUUAUAUUUUGUCAAACUUAUUUUGUCUAUAUAUCAAACUUAUACUAAACACCAAAAAAAUGUAAAAAAAGUAUAGACAUUGUAGUAUUGUUUUCUGACGUUUUCUCAUAACUGUACUGUAUUAACAACAUUUUAUUAAUACAAUGUAGUGGUAAUGUAUGAAAAUUAAGAAGUACUAUUGAUAUGGACAUAAUGUUUUAGAGAUCUCAUUAUCGACCAAUAACAAUAUGGCAUUUCUAGAUUAAGUUAUGAAUUAUGUCUGUGCAUUAUUGCGACAAUUUUAAGUGCAAAAUCAACUAUUGUAAUUCCUAGACAUGUUUUAUUUGUUCGUCUAAAUGUGAUUACAGUUUGAUUUUCUUCAAAGAUAUUUUAAUUAUUUACCGAAAUAAGAAUAAAGACUGUUGUAUUAU